CUCAGUCCAAACUCGACAGCGACAAUAUGUACAGCAUAUUUCUACUCUGUGUUCUUGCUGCCGCUAACGCAGCCCCCCAUUAUGGGUACCAUCAUCGCGACGACUCCGAUUCGUCGGAAGAAGUCCACAGACCGUUCAGAAGACCUUCUUACUCAGGUUUUGGCGAAUCCGUAUUCGAUACCCGCGCGUUUUGGGCACAAAUAGCCAAUGAAAUGACGCAAAUGGAAGAAAUAUUGAAAGAUUUCUACCAGCGUUUCCCCAGCAGUGUUUCAAGGGAGGGUGUCGAUGGUAACCAAUACAAAAUCAUCAUACCUCUAGCCGGUUACAAAGAAAAUGAGAUCAGUGUCAAAGCGCGUACAGGAGUGCUCAUGGUCCAAGCGUUACAGAAGACAGAAGAAGGUCACCAAAGGAGUUAUUUAGAUGUGAGGACGCUACCAGAAAUUGUUGAUCUAUCCGGAACAUGGAGCUAUGAUAAAGACGUUUUAACCAUCCAAUUCCCUAUAAAGAACAAAGAUGGCGCUGAUAAUCCAGUAACCGAGCUUACAGAGACGGAUGAGCAAACGCAUGCGCCUGAUCAUAGCAGGGAGGAAAUGGGACACGACGAUAAUGAUGAUCUUGAUGCGGACGUUGGGAACAGAGGUGAUAACGAUAAGAACAAAGAAAUUGAGACGAAUGAAAUCCCUGACAAGCAGGUAGAAGCUACAACCUAUGCUGUUGACUUGAAGAAUGAGGUUGAAUUUGUGCCCGUUAGUUAUUAAGUUAUUUUAGUAAUAAAUUAUGUGAUGUAUGUUUA